GCGGGACACCAAAACAAAAAUGGCGGCCGGCGGAGCAAGCGGAAAGCGCCGAACACGAUUUUCUUUCUUCUCUUGUCCGUUCUACGGAAAUGACCGUUCUUAAUUUACGGAAGAGUGUUCGGUCACAAAUUACCAGCCAAUUUUCUGUAAGAGCUAAGUAGGCGCUGGAGCUCGACAAGGUCGGAACCCGAGCCUGAUCGACGUUCAUCGGGUCUGCUCGGCUACCUGAUGCCGUUCUACCUGUGCCCGGUACUUUAUCCUGGCACGAAGGAGAGCAGAUGCUUCUACUGCGUCCUGGUGAUGAUGUCCUGGUGGCUGCUGCGUACCAUGCCCAAGCCUGUGGUUGCCUUCCUGCCCACCAUCGCUCUGCCAUUGCUCGGAAUCAUGGGACACGAGCAGAUCGCCUCCAAUUACCUCUCGAUGGACGUGCUGACGGCCGCGCUGCUGCUCUGGCUGGUCCUGGCGGGCGACGACACGGCGACCGUGGGUCGGCUCAGCUGCGCGCUGGUCGGCCGCUUCGGGGGCCGCGCACGGCCCGUGCUGGCCAUCCUCACGGCCGCCACGUUCGUGGCCUCGCUGGUGCUGCCACAGAGCCUGGUCUCCAUGCUUGUCACGUGCCUCGCGGAGCGGGUCUACAAGUUCGAGCACGAGCACGGACUCCAGGACGCCCAGCGAUGCCUGGAGAGCGCUGUGGCUGACGACGCAGUGGGCCACACAACCGAGGUGGAGACAUUGUGGCUGUACGAGGAACUUGCUGUUGCACUCUGGAAGCGUCAUCGUGCGGGCCUCGAAGAUCCGGAUCCCACAGAGUGCUGGGACGACCAUGACGCCGCUGGACACAACGCCAAGAACACGAAUUUGGGGGCCCUGCCGCGCAAGAUGUCCAUUCUGAAACAGCCCAAGAGGAUCAUCAGGAAGGAAGUGCGGCGUGUCUCUCUCGUGACAGGCAAUGAGGAAGUCGCGCCGGGCGGACCCAGGUUUGCGGACGUUCCAGCCGAUGAGUUGCAGACCCCGCCGCCAGUGGAGCAACCGGAGGGCGAGCAGCCCGAGGGCAAAGAACCCGAAUGCGAAGAGCCCCAAGGCAAGCACCACAAGGGCAAGCAUCCUGCAGGCCGGAAGCUACGUACUACAGUAUUCGGCUCCAGGAGGCACCGCCGCCAAUCGUUCGCCGAAAAGGCGCACGUCUUCAAGGAAAGCGAUCGGUUCCACGUGCCCCAGGACCAGCGACACGAGGUGCCGCCUUCACCACGGCACUUGCUCAACGCCAGCACCAGACGACCCUCAGUCGCCAGGUUGCAGGCCUCGGGCUUGCCUGUAACCGUAGGAGCUGGACCACCGGCGGCAGGGGCAGUCACCGCCUUCGGGUCGCCUAGCCGCAAGUCUUCGCAGGGCAGCAUGGCGGCCGGCGUGCGAAUCUCAGGCUCGUCGAUUGACUCCCAGGCCCAGCGCUUACAGCGCCGCGUAUCGUUGGCUGUGGCGACCGUGUCACCGGAGCCGGAUGUCGGCAGCGGUGGCCGCUUCUCUCUUCCGGGGCGCCAGCCGCGCAUCCUGAUCCGCCACCAGAACCAGGUGGUGCUGCCCGGCCGCGAGUCCCCGAAGCGCGCCGGCCAGUUUCAGCGGUUUCGCGCGGACGACCGAUCUCUCGUGGCCGCCGUCAUGUCGUCGUUCCGUUCCAAGGAGCCGGAUGAACCCGAGGACCACGAAGAACGACAGUUGCAGCGUAACCAGAAGGUUCUGGCGGCUCUGUGCGUGUGCGGCAACAUGACCAGCGUGGCGGGAAGCAUCGCCAGCUAUUGGUUCAUGCCGGGCGCAGAAGCUAUCGCCGCCAACAUGGACAGGUCGUCACUGUCCUUCUGGAGCUGGACGCUGAUCACGCUGCCGGUGUCGCUGGCUGCGUCGGCGCUCUCCUCCGUCUGCGUCUACUACGGAAGCCUGCACGCCCAUGAUAACCAGCUCAACGCCCAAGCAGAGGAGAUCAUCUGCUGCUACGCCAGGCUGAGGCUGAACAGACUGGAAAAAUGCAGGUUCUUCGAACUACUAAAUAUACUCUUCUGGAUUGGAUACUCUGGAACUAUACUCGGAUGCAGAUUCGCGCAAAGACAGGAUCUGAGCACGUGCUUUCUCGGCGCAAUCGUCCUGCUGGCGUCGGCGGCGCUGCCCCGAGCCGGAAGUCCAGCUGCGAGGCCGAGCCCGAGUCAAUUUCGGGCCAAGGUGGACGUGGACGGCGACGAGACGCCCGAUUUCGAGCCCGUCGCUUCGCAGUGUCUCGCGUCGCUCGCCAGCCGGCUGCCGUGGGGGGUCAUCGUCGUCUACGGCGCCGCAUCGGUGAUCACGCGAGUCGCCGAGACGACGGGUCUGGCCAAGGUGGCGUUCGACAACCAGUUCUGGAGCCAGCAGUCAGAUCUGAUGAAGCAGGUGCUCCUCACCGUCGCCUCGUCGCUCAUGGCUGAGUUCAUGACCGCGGCCGCGCUGUGCGACGCCAUCCUGCCCAUCGUCAUCAACCUUUCCACGGGCACGAAGCACGACGCCCUCUACUUCGGUCUCCCGGUGGCGGUGGGCGCCUCGGUGAACACCAUCCUGCCGGUCUCCCUGCCGCUCGUCAUGCUCCACGACAUAGCGACAGUCACACGCAAGCAGCUGAUCCUGACUGGCGCCUUCGUGAAGACCGUGGUCGUGGCCAGCAUCCUGCUCUCCAUGAACACCACGGGCGAAUACGUCUUGCACAGCACCAAGCAAUUCAACAGCACCGAGAGCAUCAAGCCGGCUUAAGCACGGCAGAUACACAGUCGUCCACAAAGGAACGAACGUGCACGCUCAUCAAUCGGACAACCGAAGCGUGCCAUUGGCUACGACUAACUUAUAGGCCACGAUGGUCGGCUAAAAUUAUUCGUGUUAUCUCCGUACAGUUGUGAUAUAGCGUAAUUGUUUAGGACUCGGCCGUCGAACGGCAGUUUACAUGUAAGAGCACUCGAAAGCUACAUUUAGAGCCUCUUUCGCAAGCGAUUGCUGAGACCGUUUGAUGGACCGUAAAGACUCCAAAUGCAUUUGCUAUACAAUAUUACGAUUUAAAGAAAGAAAGGAAAUGAAGUGGGUUCUUUUUACCACCUAAAAUGGCAUGAGCUGUGACCUACGUUACGUGCGCGCCAGCUGCUAGCAUGUUAGAGCAGUCACACGACGCGCUCCUAUGUUGGAAACAAGGGACGGUCAAUAACUGAUUGAUUGGUUGGUUGAUUGGGUCCAACGUGCCAAAGCAACACAUGCGCAUUAUAACAGGCGUCGUAGCGAAAUACAAUGAUGCAGAGACGUCGAUUCGGCCACCGUUUAAAGAAAGCCGGUAGGUCAAAAUUAUUUUGGAGUACUCUGCUGCGGCGUGCCUCAAUCAAAUCGUGGUUUUGGCACAUAAAACCUGAGAAUUUAAUUUUUAUAGUGCAAAAUUGAAAUAUUGAAGGUUGUAGAACGUUGAUAGAAAUGUAUAAUUCAGUAGCCUCUAGCUUCGUAAUUGUUACCUGAUUUACAUAUGUUCUUGCGUCAUAAGGAAGGCGUGAACAAUAUGAAAUUAAUAA